AUGGAAACAAUAUACUUGCCAGCAGUAUUUCCAGAUGAUUACAGAUGCGUGUACAUCGCACAAUUCGACCAUGUAAAAAAUGGCAGUGAGUUGCGACAUGCGCUGGUGCAAGCAUCCAAGACACCGGUGCACUCAGAUGAGCGCCGAAGGAUGGACAUGGCAUUCGUUGAUGCACGCCUCGUGUGCAGCCGACAACAACUCAUAACGGCAAUUUUACAGGCCAUCGUUGGUGCACAGAGACGUGACAUAAAAAGGGAAGAGCUAGAGCCGCUAGCUAUAACGGGGCUUAAAACACCAUCAAUCCACUCAGACAUUUUGUGGACACUCAAUCCGAAUAACAAUAUCGGAGAUGCACUUCGCCGUUUUGGUGUAUCAGCAGCUACUAGCUCACUCCUGUUGGUGCACGUGGCCAAAGCGCCUCCGGAGGGACCACAACCCCAAGCUGUUGCGCAACAAAUGAACGACCUGGUCGAUGGCACACUACUGCAUGGUAUAGCCCUAAGCAUGGAUGCCUCUUCCGAUGCGACAGGUGACAAAAUACCCGCUGAAGCUUGGAAAGACGUGGGCAAAACAUAUAAGAUACAAGAUGCACCCGCUUACUUGCAACACGAUACCCAGCAGGUGAAUGCAUGUAUUUGCUCUAUGGUAGCUUCCAAGUAUGUUGGAUUGUAA